AUGAACGGGGGCAGAGACGUAGAAGAGAAGGGCUUGUUAUGGAAGCUGCCACCACUUAAAUCCAAUCAAUUGGGAAAGCUCGGACCUGCUUUCGGCAUCGGCGCCGGCUGCGGCUUUGGUUUUGCCUUUGGCCUCCUUGGAGGUGCCGGCUUUGGUCCGGGAAUCCCGGGUCUGCAGCUGGGAUUUGGGUUCGGAGCUGGGUGCGGCGUUGGUGUGGGUUUUGGGUAUGGCGUCGGCCGAGGGAUCGCAUAUGAUGACAGUCGCAAAUACUCCAAUGUUGACAAGGCUUUUCACAACUUCCGAGCUCGAGCUCUCCCCGCCCAGGAUGAAAUUGGUGACCUUGUUGACGAGCUAGUCGUGAAUACGAAAAAGCUAAUUCAAGCAACUUCCAGGGAGGUGAAUAAGUGGAGAGGACGGGGAUAUGAUUAAGUGGAAACACGAUUUGAGUUGAUGAACUUGCUUGGAAUAUUUGUAUAUAUUAUAGAGAGAGGUCAAUGUAGGAUUCUGUUAUGCAUUAGCUAUUUGACGCCUUCACCCAGCCUUGUGCACUCUCAUUUUAAUCCAAGUCAAGGCAAUAUGGAAUAUUUUAUUUCAA